CUAAAUACAAACUGCACAACUCCCAAAUUAUGUACUUAGGCCUCACACUGGAAUAGGCAUUAUUCUGUGGACAAUAGUCGAGCUAUUGGACGUCCAUUGGAUAAAUUCAAUUGAGGUACAAUAGGGUUUUGAUGGUCAAACAAGCAGAAGCUAUUUAGCUUACGAUUUCACAUUCUCUUCACACGGAAUUAAAGUCAAUAAACGUAUCGACGCUACUAGUUGACACGAGCUAAAGUAAUAGACUAAGGCUGAAAAAAAGUUACAAGUGGCUUCAAACACACAACAGUUAUGAUUGCAUCUCAGGAUGAUGCAAAGCAAGCGAAAGAGAUCACGAGUAAGGAAAAGGCCGAGAAUGAGCUGGCGUUCGAGACUACAUCUAAAGACCCAGGCAAUAAAGAGGGUGAAAGCGCAGAGGAAAGAAAGGAGAGAAAAGAAAAGGCUGGCAAAGACGAGCAAAAGAACACAGAAAAGCCUGCUUUCUCGUACAACGCGCUUAUCAUGAUGGCAAUCCGCGGUUCUGAGGAGAAGAGAUUGACUUUAAGCGGAAUCUAUGAAUAUAUCAUGAAGAACUUCCCUUACUACCGCAACAACAAACAAGGCUGGCAAAACUCAAUCCGGCAUAACCUGUCCCUCAACAAAUGCUUUGUCAAAGUUCCCCGCAAUUAUGACGACCCGGGAAAGGGGAACUAUUGGAUGCUAGAUCCCAGUGCAGAUGAUGUCAUAAUCGGCGGAACGACGGGAAAACUUAAACGUCGCAAUCCUCCGUCAGCAAGAAACCGCAUGGCGUUAAAGCGCCAACAUCUUGUGCCGCUACCGCUAGAUGCGCCUUUAUUUGGUUACUGGGACAGAACAUGGGGUUCUAGCGCUUGUUUACCCGAUAUACGGCAUCUGGCACACGGGCGUGGGUAUAUGGGACCUUUAGCAUAUUAUGGCAGUUCUUCUGGAGUUUUUAGUGCAAGGGACAGUUACUCGAUACAACCGCACUAUGACGUUUCCCCUCGGCUAAACAUCCCUCUGAGUUCUUUACCACCGAUGCAUUGCAGCGUGCGACCGGUGCUUGCUCCUAAUCCCUAUAGCUCGAUGGACAAUCACUGGCAUUCGUACCAGAGUCAUAUGCCGACUGCCUUAACUUCUAAUACGAAGAACCAAGAGGGUAUGUCAGCGUUUUCUGUCGUCCAAAGAAUGGAAAUGGCUGCAUCUCAGUGCCAGAGAAUGCCUUACGCGUCGGAAACGAUACCGAGAUACGAUUGGACUCGCGUUUCUCCUUGAACAAAGAUUAUAGAAACUCUUUCAAAGUUUACUUUACAUAAAGUGUAUUCAAAACGCUAUAACAUACGCAAUGUAGGUUUAAAUUCAGUGACUAUUAAUGCGCCUGCAGCGUUAGAAAGGACCCAAGCUACGUUAAAGCAAGAUAUUUAUUCUAUUUAUUUCCAGAUGUCCAAUUAAACUCAAUUGCACUCACUGGUAGCUAGAAUUCACAAACAUUUGAUAUACGUGUAAAAUCCCACUGAUUUAAAAAAAAAUGAAAAUAUAAGUUAGCUUUAUGCGAAAGUGUUUAGGAACAUGCGAUAAAAGCUAGCGACCUUAACCGAAAGCAAACAAAACAAUUGUAAAUGGAAAAGACACACUUGUGGCUUUGAUUCUCAACGUAAAUUAAUCAAUCAUAAUCAAGGCUUUUUAUAAACGAGUUUUUAUGUACCUGAUAUUUUACUGAACAAAGCAAAAAUCAUCCCCUGUUGUGGACAUCUGGUAAGGACAGGUCAUUAAUCCCUAUAUUUAAAAAGUUUUUGUAGGAUCCUACUUACAUAUCGCUAUUUAGCGCAGAACGUUGUAUUAAACAACGGUAAAUACAUAUAAUAAUAGUAAUAAAUGACUCCUUCAGAAUA